AUGUUUUUCAGAAAAGUCUGUAUUCCUGUCUUUCCAGGCAUCAGAGAUCUCACACGGGGGAGAAGCUGUAUUCCUGUCCUGAGUGUGGGAAAUGUUUUUCAGAGAAGUCCGGUCUUCACAAACAUCAGAGAUCUCACACGGGGGAGAAGCCAUAUUCCUGUCCUGAGUGUGGGAAAUGUUUUUCAGAAAAGUACCAGUCUUUACACACAUCAGAGAUCUCACACGGGGGAGAAGCUGUAUUCCUGUCCUGAGUGUGGGAAAUGUUUUUUCAAGGAAGUCCAGUCUUCAGAAACAUCAGAAAUUCACAGGGGGGAAAAGCCAUAUUCCUGUUCUGAGUGCAGGAAAUGUUUUUCAGAGAAGUCCAGUCUGUACAUACAUCAGAGAUCUCACACGGGGGAGAAGCCAUAUUUCUGUUCUGAGUGUGGGAAAUGUUUUUCACAGACAUCUGAUCUUUACAGACAUCAGAGAUCUCACACGGGGGAGAAGCCGUAUUCCUGUCCUGAGUGCGGGAAAUGUUUUUUCAGACAAGUUCAGUCUUUAACAGACAUCAAAGAUCUCACACAGGGGAGAAGCCGUAUUCCUGUCCUGAGUGCGGGAAAUGUUUUUCACAGAAGUCCAGUUUUUACUCACAUCAGAGAUCUCACACACGGGGGAGAAGCCAUAUUCCUGUUCUGGAGUGUGGGAAAUGUUUUGCAGAAAAAUCAAAACUUGUCAGACAUCAGAAGUCUCAUGUGGUUGAAAAGCCAUUUUCCUGUCUUGAUUGCAGGAAAUGUUUUUGAAGAAGUCCAGUCUUUACACACAUCAGAGGUCUCACACGGGAAAGAAGCCACUUUCCUGUCCUGA